AUGAGUUGGCAGGAUUAUGUAGAGAAGCAAUUACUUGCUUCUAAAUGUGUAACAAAAGCUGCAAUCGUUGGACACGAUGGCAAUGUUUGGGCUAAAUCUGAAGGAUUUGAAUUGUCGAAAGAUGAAUUGACCAAAUUGGUACAAAGUUUCGAUAAACAAGAUAUUUUAACUUCAACCGGUGUAACGCUAGCAGGCACGCGCUACAUCUACCUAUCAGGAACAGAUAGAGUUAUCCGGGCGAAGCUUGGAAAAGUAGGAGUACAUUGCAUGAAAACAACGCAAGCCGUUGUCGUUUCUUUAUAUGAAGAUCCAAUUCAGCCGCAACAAGCGGCGUCCGUAGUGGAAAAGUUAGGAGAUUACUUAGUUGGUUGCGGUUAUUAG